AUGAUUUACUCUUCAGCACCAAUCUUAGACCGACGUCAGUUGCAUCUCGAGCAGAGGUGGCUCAAAAGCGCAUUUGUAAACAGUCAUAACACCCCGCCAUCUGUUCUUCGCCAGGAGCCGUCCAAAGAUGUUGAUGCAGCUUGGGAAUAUCUGCACAGAAAUGGACGUGUCUUCCUGAUCACAGCAGAAGAGGUUAGACGCCUAGGCAAGAAUCCAAAGACUGCCGUGAUAGCUCCUGAGGCAUGGCGCAUGGGAAGUAACAAAUACCUCGCUAUUGGCCAAGGCCAGCAUGAUGUUUACUGUCUGGACCGGUUACGAAAGUUUGCAUAUGCAGAUUAUUACUUUGAGAAUAAGACUGCAGAAGUAGAGCUUGAGACUUUGCGCUGUCUUCAUAUGCUUUUACAAACUCUACGAUGCAAAUGGAGUGUAAAUCUAUACACAGCAUUUUGGGUGGAAGGAUUUGAGACGGCAGCCGUGGACUUUAAUGUAUCUCGUAAAUGCCAGGUUGAUAAUCACGUCUUAUCACGGCAUCACAAAGAGUUGUUUACUAGGGAACAGUUUGAAUCUUUACAGGCGCCGGUCGAUGCAAGAAGGAGGCCAGCGGACAUAUAUUAA